CCGGCGCACCGUGACGCGCGCGAAACGGCUCGUCAAGGCCGCCGGCCGGUCAAGGGCGGCCGCGCGGGACACGUCGCGAUUUCCCUGCCCCGUUGCAGUCGUCAUCUCCUCCUCCUCGUCCGGCUUUAAAUACCGCUCCCCGCCCGCCCCGUCUCGCCCACCAUUCCUCUCCCGAAACCGGCUCGGCGCGGCGUGGCUCCGAUCGAGGAAAGCAAGAAGCAGCAAAGCGUGCGGGUGAUCUUCGACAUCGAUUCUCUUUUUGUUUUUCCCCAUGGCGACGGCGAAGAUGAUGGUGCUCGCGGCGGCGCUCGCCGUGCUCCUCCUGGCGUCGUCGGCCAUGGCCGGCCGGGCCGAUCCGGCGGAGCCAGCUGCUGGCACUGUCUCUCCUGACCACCACAAGGAAGGCGGCGGCGGCGGCGGCGGCGGCGAGGGGGCGAACGACGAGGACGAGUGCAUGGCGAGGAGGACGCUCGCCGCGCAAACCGACUACAUCUACACCCAGGAGCAUCACAACUAAUCCUGGCGACCGUGCGUGCAUGGAUGCAUGCAUGCAUGCAGCGGAGCUCCGGAGUACAUCUACACCCAGGAGCAUCACAACUUAUCAAUCGUAGUAACCUAGGAGUACAUGCAUGCAUGGUUGCUGUGAAAUAAUGCUCCGAUCCGUGCAUGAUGAUGCGUUUCAUAAACAGGUUUAGGCUUCCAUGCCAUUGUGAUGA